AUGUCAAAGAAUGUAUUAGUUUUCGGAGGUAGCGGAUCAUUGGGUUCUGCUAUCGUCAAUCUUUUCAAGACCAAGGGAUGGAAUACCAUCUCUGUAGAUUUCCGUGACAACACCAAUGCCACUCAAUCAGUUUCUAUCACCAGCUCCAACGAGAGUGAAGUCAAGAGAGUUUUAAGUGUUUUGGGUUCAACCAAGGUCGACAGUAUCAUUUGUGCUGCCGGUGGUUGGGUCGGAGGUAGUAUCGUCGCCGACGACUACUUCCAAAGUGUACAAAAGAUGUUGGAUUUCAAUUUGAGUUCAGCAGUUGCUACAGCCUUCUUGGCUGGAAAGUUGCUCAACACCGGUGGUGUCGUUGUUUUGACUGGUGCCAAAUCUGCUACCGUCCCAACCGCCGGUAUGAUCGGUUACGGUAUCUCAAAGGCUGCCACUCACCACCUCAUUAAAUCGCUCGCCGAAACACCAGAACUCAGUGGAUCAUCUUCAUUGGGUAUUCUACCGGUUACACUCGACACCCCAAGCAACAGACAGUACAUGCCAGGUCCAUACGACGACUGGACUCCACUCGAGGAAGUCGCCGACAAACUCUUCCAAUGGUCGAACGACUCUGCCACCAGACCAACCAACGGUUCAUUGGUCGUCGUCGAAACAAAGAAGAAUGUUACUACCUACUCAACCAUUUAA